CACCAGUGCAAUUAUAACGGUGUUUAUAUUUAGCUGUUGUGAAUCGUUGUUGUUGCGACGGCGUCGGUGGCGAUUGGUGCAAGUGUCCACGCUUGCUCGCGUUUGCUUCGUACAUAAGCAAGCCGAAACAGGUUUGCCACACAACGCUACGAUUGGCCGAACGGACACACACACACACGCAACACACAUUGCCCAUGCAUGUGCACGACUACCUGCACGAAAACGCACGCCGCAGAGAGCGGCCUCUCUUUCGCUGCCUGCGCUGCUGGCUUCGACUCCUGCUCGCGUAUAUAAGGCCCGCACAGCAGCAGACUCGCUCUGACUCCGCUGACACCCGCCUCGCUGCAAGCAUCCAAAGCAAAGCAGAAAGCAAAAGCAAAACCCAAAAAAGCAACAAAUAAAUAACGGCGACCGCGCUUCUUUACUGAGAAUAUAACCGUUCGUUCUGUGUUUUAGUGUGCGCGAGCAAUGUGGUUGAAAUAACAGAGAAACAGUUUUGAGAACUUUUAAUUUGAAAACAACAAUCGAGAAGACAAUCGACAAAUAAAGCAACAAAAUGCACACCGUGGAAGACAUGUUGGUGGAAAAAAACUACAGCAAGUGUCCUUUGAAGAAGCGGCCCGUGAACUACCAGUUCGAGGCGUCCGCGCAGACCCCCGUCAAUGAGCCCCAGGAUCUGUGCCUGAAGAAGGAGGAGGUGGAGGUGGAGGUGACAGCCUCAGCCUCGGAGGAGGUGAUCAACGUCAGCGACAGCUGCGAGGAUGAGGGCGUGGACGUGGACCACACCGACGACGAGCACAUGGACUUGGAGGAGGAGGACGACGUGACCGUGGACUGUGUGGACGUAGACACUGAUCCCAACCAGACACAGGCCGCCGCCCUGGCCGCAGCCGCCGCCGUGGCCGCUGCAUCUGCCGCUGCUGCUGCAGCCGUGGUCGUGCCCACCCCCACGUAUCCCAAGUAUGGCCUACAGCCAUGGAACUUCCACAUGUCCCCGUACACGGCAGAGUUUUACCGCACCAUCAACCAGCCGCACCUGGCCGCAGUUGCCGCCACCGCCGCCCAGCAGCAGAUCUCCCCGCUGCGAGGCGACCUCCUGGCGCCCAGCUCCCCCUCGGACUCCUUGGGCUCGAUGUCGCCACCGCCGCACCACUACCUGCACGGCCGAGCCAGCUCGGUGUCGCCGCCGAUGCGUUCCGAGAUCAUCCACAGACCCAUCGGAGUGCGCCAGCAGCACCGGUUCCUGCCAUAUCCGCCGAUGCCUGCCGCCGCCUAUCACCAGCAGUCGCCCUACCCCGCCCUGGGCUACCACCACCACGCCCCCAUCUCGCCGGCCUACUCGGAGAGCUCCUACUACUCCAUGCGCUCCAUGACGCCCGAGUCCAGCUGCUCCUCGGUGCCCGAGGACCUCUCCCUCAAGCACAAGCCGAUCGGCCAGGAGACCGCCAGCAGCAGCAAGGCGGGACCAGGCCCCUCCACCAGUGGAUCCACCAGCAGCUCCGCCUCGUCCAGCCCCGUCAAGAAGGACAAGUCGCCGCCACGCUAUCAGUGCCCCGACUGCCAGAAGUCCUACUCAACCUUCUCCGGGCUGACGAAGCACCAGCAGUUCCACUGCCCCGCGGCUGAGGGCAACCAGGUGAAGAAGUCCUUCAGCUGCAAGGACUGCGACAAGACGUACGUCUCGCUGGGCGCCCUCAAGAUGCACAUCCGCACACACACGCUGCCCUGCAAGUGCAACAUGUGCGGCAAGGCCUUCUCGCGCCCCUGGCUGCUGCAGGGCCACAUCCGCACCCACACCGGGGAGAAGCCCUUCAGCUGCCAGCACUGCCACCGCGCCUUCGCCGACCGCUCCAACCUGCGGGCCCACCUACAGACGCACUCGGACAUCAAGAAGUACUCCUGCAGCAGCUGCUCCAAGACCUUCUCGCGCAUGUCCCUGCUGACGAAGCACUCCGAGGGCGGAUGUCCGGGCGGCAGCAGUCCCAGCUCCAACUCCGGCUCCAGCACCGAACUGUCGUACGCCGGCUACGCCGAGCCCUAGGAUCAGCCAGAGGAGAUCCACACAUUGUAUUCAAGCCAUGUUCCACCAAAAAUUAGUUCCUAGCUCGUUUAAGAGACCGGCAGCUCCAAGUUCCCAAAUGAAAACCCGAACUCUUACCUAACCCCCCGACACUCCCAGUGCACAGUGCCACAAAAAAAACUACGUACACACGCAAAUUCAAUACUUUUUAUUUGAUUAUUUUU